CCCAAUCUUAAUGUAUUUUCUUAAACGAAUCAUAUUUCAUGAUAAAUUCACUUAUUAGCAUUGAUUGUAGUGUAUUGUGUAUUAUAAUGUAUUUUCAAGAUUAUAUACUCGAGAGCUCAAGAUUUGAUUAUUUAUCUCAAGAUUUAUGUACCUACUUACUUGUUUUUAGAUAAAAGUACAAAAUUUUUUUCUAUCAUGUUUUGCGCCUUACUUAAACCAUCCAAGGAUCCAGAAUAACGUAACUAUAAUUUUUAAAUUAACAGUAAUGCAUUGACGGCAUUUUAUAUUAUUUUAUCUUUUAUUCCACCAUUCCAUGCAUCAAGCCCUACCCCAAAUAAAUAAAUUUCUAAGCUUGUUGUUUCUUGUGUACUUGAUCUAUACAAAUGCUAAUAAACAAACCAUUUUGUUUGGGUUUAAUAAUUAAUUAGUGGUGUGACCUUGAAUGUUAUACAUAAUGAAUAUUAAAUUAAUUUUUUAUUUGAUUUUUUUGGUAAAAAAAUAUUCUGUGAUGUAACUGUACUAAUUAAGUCACGGGAAAUGUUUGGAGGAUAGUGUGGUCUCCAUUGGAUCUAUAUUUCUUGAGAUACAAAGAAUUCUGAGUGGCUUUGCACUUGCUCACACUAAAAGACCAUAAUUUAGGAAUAAGUAAAUGUUUGUAUGAUAGAGGGAUCCCAAAUAUAAACAAAAUUUGAAUGCAAAAAUAUGAAAAAUCUAAUUCUAGAAGGAAAAACAAUACAGGACCCUAUCUCGGCACUGCUUUGUGUUAACGCCUAUGGAUCGCAUGGAUUGACUACUAUAAUUAUUGGCAAAUCUCGUAAACAUAGUGUUGUCAUAGAUAUAAUCAACAAAAGGCAUCAGCUGCCCGUUUCAUAUUAUAACUCUAAUAGAGCAUGGUUUACCAAAAAUAUUUUCAAAAAUUGGUUUUUAAAGAAUUUGUACAUAAAGGAUUGCAGUGAGAAAAUUUCAAGAGAAGAAACUGGUAAUACAGUCGAAUGAGAUGAAAUGAUUAUUGAGUUUAGACAAAGCUAUUUUUAACAAAAGCUUUUUUAACUUUCAGAUUUGUACACUGUAUCUAAAUACAGUACCAAAUGCCCUUCGGUAGGGUUCUAUACAGAUCACCAAGCCGCAAGCCCUUAUCCCUUGUCGUACCGCUCCUAUAUAGGCUGAUCAGACGCCAGUUUAUUCCAGACCAAGUUGUAGACUCAUUCAGCCUUAUUAAUAAAAAUCGCUUAGUCCGAAUUUAGUCUCGGACUAGCUAGUCCGAGAUUAAGCGAGUACUAACUUCAUUUUAAGAACGUCAUUAAUAAACAUGGACUAAGCUCGGACUAACUAAACCUUCCUUAGUCCUAGUUACAACAAAUUUAAGUUGGCAACUCUUGUGAAAUAGAAGAAAAAUGUCAAGAAAUUGACGGUGACAGCGACAUUUUGUUUGAAAUUUGUCAUUUUUUCUUUGGUUAGGUUUAGAUCAUUUCAUCAUUUGCAUUUUCCGUUUGUUUGGUUUGUUUUUGUUAAUAUAACUGUUUUUGAUCGAUUUUAAUUGCAAAAUGAGUGGAGGUGGAGAAAAACAAAAAAGAAUUCGCUCCAUAAAUUGGGACGAAGAAGAAAAGCAAUUGUUUCGCAGUGUAUUCAAGGAAUACUCACAUAUAAUAGAGAAUAAAUCACUAAACACAAAUGCAACUAAAGCAAAAACAAAAGCCUGGGAAACAGUCCAUAAAAAGUUCAAUGAAUUAAAUAGUAAACAAAGAGACCUGCGACAACUGCAAAAUCAGUGGAAACAUAUGAAAAUAAAUGCCCGCAAAGUAUGUAGCAGUUAUAAUAAAGAACUGAGGAAGACUGGCGGUGGAGAAGGACCACCAAUGCCCAAUCAAGAUGUAAUGGAGAUAAAAGAUAUUAUGAAUCCCGCAGAAUUAUUGCGGGAUCACAAUGAACAUGACUCUGAUGGCUCGGUGAUGCCAGCAAUACAAUUUCUUGAAAUGGGAACUAGUAUUAAUGAAAUGGGACCAAGUACCAGUGCAAUGGGACAAAGCACCAGUAAUAUUGGACUAAAUACUAGUGAAGAACUGGAAAUUCAGUUAAAGAUAUUUGACAAGGAAUUUAAAGAAAAUAAAGAAUUCCCACAACAAAUGUUAGAGACACCAAAAAACAGUUCAUUAGAGAGGGCCACUGCUAAGUCUAAAAAUAGCCUGAAGAUAGGAAAAAGUAAUUUAACAGAGGGGGCUGCUGCAAAGGUUUCUAAGGAUGAAGAAUACAUAAAAAAUAUAACAGAAUAUUCGCGUGAGUUAAAAGAAAAAGAGCACAAUAGGCAUAUGGAAAUUAUGGAACUCCAACACAACAGGCAAAUGAGGUACAUGAGACUAAAACAUGAAAUGGAAAAAAGGGAACACGAAAUUAAAAUGAAGGUUCAAGCGGAACUUUUGAAACAUGCUUCAUUGAAGACAAAAAUGUUAGAGGCAGAAUCACAAAAUAAAUAAUAUUAUGUACAUAUAUUAUAAGAAAUAAAAUGAUA